AUGAUCAUUCUUGAGGCGCUUGUUCACCUCCCGCAGCGCCAGCUCGUGCUCUUGACGCAACAUCUGCAUCGCAGCCGCAUGCGCGCGCUGCUGCGCCACCUCCUCGGAGCUCUGGCGCCCCGCCAACUUCUGCAUCUCGUCACGCAGCCGUGCCGCCUGCUGCUGCAUCGCCUCGCGGUGGGCAGCGGCGUCCUCCUCACGUUGCUGCCGCAGAGCGGCGCUCUGUUGCUGCGCGUCAUGUAG